UUUACGGUUGGACCACCGUGCCACACGAUACCAGCUCGAGAACCCCCGUGGUCCGUUCUUCCGCUUCCUCUUGCCCACGAGAAGACGACCUGCCGCAAAGCUUGCGCAUUCUCUCCGCGUUACGAGAAGCACACGAGAAAGACGAGAGGCUAACAUGUCGGUCAACUUCAGGAGCGUCUUCGUGAGUGAUCCCGUGGACGAGUCUUGUGCCGCGCUACUGACCCAGCACGGUAUUCCGGUUACCACGAAAUACAAGCUGCCGAAGGAUGAGCUGAUCAACGAGCUGCAGAACCACGAUGCCCUCAUCGUUCGCUCGGAGACGAAAGUUACAGCGGACGUGUUUGCCGCCUGUCCAAAUCUGCGUGUGGUUGGACGUGCCGGUACCGGCGUCGACAACAUUGAUCUAGUAGCCGCCACGCGUAAAGGAGUCAUCGUGAUGAACACCCCCGGCGGCAACAGCAUCAGCGCUUGCGAGCUCACGUGCGCUCUGAUUUCCUCGUUGGCGCGCAACGUCGCGCAAGCGGCGCAGUCGCUGAAGGAGGGCCGAUGGGAUCGAAAAUUGUACUCCGGAUACGAACUGUCCGGCAAAACCCUUGCGAUCCUCGGAAUGGGUCGCAUAGGGCGCGAGGUCGCCCGCAGGAUGCAGAGCUUCGGCAUGAACGUCGUGGCGUUCGACCCGAUCCUGAAGGCCGAGGCAGCUGCCGAACUUGGCAUCAGGAAGCUCAGCCUGGACGAAAUAUGGCCCAUAGCCGACUACAUCACUGUUCACACGCCGCUCAUACCGCAAACCAGAAAUCUGAUCAACGCCACAACCUUGGCAAAGUGCAAGAAGGGAGUGUACAUCGUUAACGUCGCCCGUGGAGGCAUCGUUGAUGAAGAGGCUCUCUUGCAUUCACUGAAGGCCGGUCACUGCGGCGGUGCAGCCUUGGAUGUCUUCAUCGAGGAACCACCGAAAAAUCCGAUCACUUUGGAGCUUAUCAAACACCCGAAAGUCGUCCCGACACCUCACCUCGGUGCCAGCACGGCGGAGGCUCAGCAGCGAGUGGCAGUGGAGAUUGCCCAGCAGUUCCUGGCCCUGUCUGGCAAGUCAACGGAGUACGCGGUCACCGGCAUUGUGAACGCGCCGGUUCUGUCCGCCGCAAUGACGAGCGAGAACGAGCCCUGGAUAGACCUUUCGAAGAAAUUGGGUCAGCUGGCCGGUCGCUUCCUCAAGGGCAAACUGAACACAGUCGUCCACAGCCAAACCGUAGGCAGCGGCAUGCAGGAUAAGCAGUUCAUCCACACCGCCGUUCUCGUCGGCAUACUAACUGGACAGACGAAAAACGGCCUGAAUCUGGUCAACGCGCCUACUCUGGCGCGGGAAAUCGGCGUGGAGUUACAAGAGAGUCACGUCGAGGCUGACAACAAGGCGGUCGUCGUGAAAGUCGGAGAACAUAUCAUUAAAGGAACCGUGCGCGGCAAUGCGCUACUGCUGCUCGCCCUGGACGACGCGGUCUUCGCGAACGGCAUCGCGCUCAGGGACCACAUCUGCCUGUACCGCGCCAACCGCGUGCAGGAUCUCGCCAACAUCGUGAACGUCUUCUCGUCGAAGAGCAUCAACAUCCACAAUCUGAACGCCAAUGGCAGCUGGGUGAUCAUACAAACCGAUCAAGAGGUCUCGAUUCCGGUACACGAGAUCGAAAGCUUCUGAGCGCUUCCGCGAGUCUUCCUCGGGGGAAACUUAUUCACGUAUGAGCGAUCCCCGAGGAGAUCGCCGGGGCACGCAGGAAGCUCGGCCUUCGAUGAAUGCAGUAUUGCUUGAUCGCUACGGCGAUCGAUAUGGCGGCAAACUAUAUAUUUUUAUAGAAACGUGCGUUCUUCCUUGAAUCGCGCAAGAAUUCCCAUUCGAGAAAUCAUUAUUUAUUAUCUGACCGAAGACAGGCGAUUAGGGGGAGGUAACAAUACUAAUAUGCGCUACGAUAAGUAUUUUCUUUCACUUUCUUUUUUUUUCUUAAGGAGAUAUUCUGUAAAAUAAGUGGUAAACUAUAACUCCUUUCAA